GCGGCGCCCUCCACCGUCCUAGAGAAGCCAGAGUGGCACGAACGCUGCAGCCUCUACCUCUCCGGUGCGCAGCUCUGGCCCGCACAGAGGAUGGGAGCUACGGGUAGAGCCGGCCGGGCUUGCGGGACUCCCGGGCACGGGGCCGCUGUGCCAGGCCUGCCCGGCUCCGGAGCGUCCCUUCCCGACCCUUGGCAGCCACCGGGCGGGCCCGGCGCACGCUCACUUCCCCGGGGGGCGGCCCGGGCCCUGGCGAGCGGGGUCCGCUCGGGCCUUGCAUUCGAGCUGCUGUCGGGACAGCCCGCGCCUGCCCGGACGCACCUGGAGUCAGUGACCUUUGAGGAUGUGGCCAUCUACUUCGCUGAGAACGAAUGGACGGGCCUGACGCCUGCACAGAGGGCCCUAUACAGGGAUGUGAUGCUGGAGAAUUACGCGGCUGUGGCUUCCCUGGCAGCAUUUCCAUUUCCCAAACCGGCUCUGAUUUCCCAGCUGGAACGAGGGGAAGCACCCUGGAGCUCGGCUCCUCAGGGAGCUCUGGAUGGAGAGGGCCCAAGGGACAUCUCAGAGGGUGUGUUGAAGAGUGAGAAAGAAGAUUUUAUUCUGAAGGAGAAAAUUUUUGAGGAUCCACAGGACCACACAGUGCUAUCAAGUGGACCCCGGUGGUGUGGCUCCCAGGAAUUCUGGUUUGGAAAAACGUGUGAAGAGGAGAAAAGCAGGUUAGCGAGAUGGCCUGAUUACCCCAAUGGGGGAAGUAUGGAGAACACUACAAAUGAUAUUACACAAAUGAUUGUCAAAGAUGAGAUGAUCUCAGUAGAAGAGAGUUCAGAAAAUACUGAUGUUAACACACACCUUGUUAUACAUCAGAAAAUUCUAAGUGAGCGGGUAUUCUGUAUGUGUGAAGAAUGUGGUCGGUGUUUUGAUCAAAAUGAAGACUUUGAUCAACAUCAGAGAAUUCAUAAUGGAGAGAAUGUCUAUGAAUGUAAGGAAUGUGGGAAGAUUUUCAGUUUUAGAUCACACUGCAUUGCACAUCAGAGAAUUCACACUGGGGAGAAGCCCUAUGUUUGUCAAGAAUGUGCUAAAGCCUUCCUUCGGAAGUCAAACCUGAUUCGGCACCAGAAAAUACAUACAGGAGAGAAACCCUUUAAAUGUAAGGAAUGUGGGAAGAGUUUAAGUCACAACACAAGCCUUACACAACACCAGCGAAUCCACACUGGGGAGAAACCAUAUACAUGUAAGGAAUGUGGGAAAAGCUUUGCUCGGAGCACAGCCCUUCUUCGGCAUCAGAGAAUCCACACUGGAGAGAAGCCUUAUGAAUGUAAGGACUGUGGGAAGGGCUUCAUAUGGAACUCGGAUCUUGCUAAACACCAGAAGGUCCACACUGGGGAGAAGCCUCAUGAAUGUACUGAUUGUGGGAAAAGCUUCGUUUGCAAGGCACACCUUAUCCGACAUCAGAGAAUCCAUACUGGGGAAAGACCCUAUAAAUGUAAUGACUGUGGGAAAGACUUUAGUCAGAAUUCUGUUUUGAUUAAGCACCAGAGGUGCCAUGCUAGAGAAAAACUGUUAAACCUUCUACCUGCUUGAACAUUAGAGAAUACAUAAUGGUGAUGUUUAUUAUCUUCAUGCUACAGGAUUCCCAGAGACAAAAUGAGACGACUGUCCACAUUUGCUGUAACUCUAAUAGCCAGUAUUAUCUUUCUCCUUCUCCUGAACAGAUACCCUGUACUCUAGCAAGACUGGUCCCCCUGUUCAACCACCCACAUUCAUACAAGGCAGCAUUUAGUUGAGCACCUACUCUGUGUUAGCUACUGUGCUAACCAUUUUACAUACAUUCUUUAACUUUUCUUACUCCUAUUAAAGUAGAUACUCUUAUCCCCAUUUUACAAAUGAGAAAUCUAAGGUUAAAAGAGGUUACACAAUUCAUUCAAGGUAGUAAGUUAUGGAGUUGAGAUUGGAACCAGGCCUGUCACACUCCAGAGUCUACUGUUCUUUAUUUGAGCACAUUUCUACUUCUGUCCAUUUUUAUUUGCUCAAUUUUCCCUGGGUUAAAAUUUCCCUUCCUCAUCUAAGACCCAGCUCCUUCAAAUGAGCAGACUUCUCUUCCUCUUCUGCUAGUAAUCAGUACUCUCCAACUUGGUAUUUAAUUAUGUGCUGUCUUACAUUUUUCUAAUAGUUUCCUGUCUGUUAGUCUAGCUAAAUGGCUCUUUGAGGACCAACACUGUAUUUCUUUUAUGUUUUUCAAAUUUUAAAAGUUACUUUUUUUUGACUAGAUAUAACAUGCUCAUGAUAAAAAAAUUGAAAUAGUUCAAAAAAGUGUUCAGUGAAAUGUAAAUUUCCUUGUCACACAUAUAAGUAUUAAUACUGCUCUCCUAAGUCUACCUCACUUAAAACCAUAUUUGAUGUAAAUGACAUUGCAGUUACAUUGCCAACUCCAUGACCUUCUCUUCCUCAGAAGUUGUCCCUCUGAAGUCACCAAGGUAACUUAAAGGAAAGUAGCAGAGGGUAGUCUGGGUUAUGCAAUCUUGGAAGACCUGAUUGUCUUUAUGAGAGUAUUCUUCAACUGGAAAAAUGAAAACCAAAUGGGAGGUUUCUUUUUCUCAUAAAAAUUUGGAUAGCUACAAUCCCUCUCAUUGCACCCUAUUCUACAUCCUCUCCCUUUCUGUCCCCUUAUUACUGUAAUAGUCCACACUCCAAAGUAAGCUGUGGGGCCAUCACCAAGCAACUGAGAAAUGGUCACUCUCUGUGAUGCUUAAUGAUGUGUUAGGUAGCUAGCCACUUAGCAGUUGAAAUAUAAUCGAUAUCUUGGCAUCAGAGUCACAAAUGCCCUUCCUAGGUCCGGGAUCAAAGAUA